ACUUUGUUAGUUGAAGUUGUUAUAUACGAAAAUAUGAUGUUAGAGUUAGAAUGUGUUUUGUAUGUUGAAAAAGAGGGUGUAUGUAUAAUUAAUAUAGAGAAGAACUGAGUCCAACUAAUAUUGUUAAAAGGCGUGUAAACAGUGAAAAACUCCAUUUACCAUAAUCCUUUUCCCUCGAUGAAAUCGAAAUCAACUUACCCCAAAAUAGAUCCUUAUUGAAAAUCGAAAAAGUCAAUCAACUCAACUCAAUUUAAUCCAAUCCAAACCAAACUCAACCAUGCCCGUCUUCAAAACUCCCUUCAAUGGCUACUCGGUCAAAUUCUCUCCCUUCUACGAGUCCCGCCUCGCCGUCGCCACGGCCCAGAACUUUGGUAUCCUUGGCAACGGCCGUCUCCACGUACUCGACCUUUCUCCCACCUCUCCCACUCUCUCUGAAAUCGUGGCAUUCGACACUGCCGACGGCGUUUACGACGUCGCCUGGUCCGAAUCUCACGACUCCCUACUAAUCGCCGCCGUCGCCGACGGCUCCGUCAAAAUCUACGACACCGCCCUCCCACCUGCCGCCAACCCCAUCCGCUCACUCCAGGAACACACUCGCGAGGUCCACUCUGCCGAUUACAACCCUACGCGCCGCGACUCAUUCUUAACCUCCUCCUGGGACGACACUGUCAAACUCUGGACCGUUGACCGUCCAACCAGCGUCCGUACUUUUAAAGAACACGCGUAUUGCGUGUAUAACGCCGCGUGGAACCCACGCCACAGUGACGUGUUUUGUUCCGCGAGUGGGGACUGCACGCUUCGUAUUUGGGACGUGAGAGAGAUGGGGAGUACAAUGAUUAUACCGGCUCACGAGUUUGAGAUUCUGGCGUGUGAUUGGAACAAGUACGAUGAUUGUUUGCUGGCGAGUGCGUCAGUCGAUAAAAGCAUUAAAAUUUGGGACGUCAGGAGUUACAGAGUGCCCAUAGCUAUUUUGAACGGGCACGGCUAUGCGGUUCGUAAAGUGAAGUUUUCGCCGCACCGGAGGAACUUGUUGGCGUCCUGUUCGUACGAUAUGAGUGUGUGUUUGUGGGACUUUAUGGUGGAAGAUUCUUUGGUGGGGAGACAUGAUCAUCAUACUGAGUUUGCUGUUGGGGUUGAUAUGAGUGUGCUUGUUGAGGGCUUGUUGGCGAGUACUGGCUGGGAUGAGCUCGUUUAUGUGUGGCAACAAGGAAUGGACCCGAGAGCGGUUUGAAUCAAACGAGAAUACUUGUUUUUGUUUUUGUUUUUUGAUUUUGGUUUUGUUAUACAUUAACAUACUUUUAUAAACAUGUUGAAUGUGAUGCUUAAUUGGAGGUUAGCAAUUGGACCUCAGUAAAUUGUGAUAUAUAUAUAUAUAUAUAUGAAACAAACAAAUUGCAGCGCUCUUGUUGAAGUGAAUAAACCUUGAUGUCAUAACUUUGUUUAAUGUUGAAUGACUUGUAGUUGUAGAUUCUCAAGUUCCAAAGUCUAAAUUGUCAAUGCCAGAAUGGGGUUUCUUAUUGUGUGACUUUCGGCUGUUGUAUGUAUGCUACAGAACAUUUGUAACUUCGAACAAAGUUAUAUGGGCAUGUGAGAAUUCAGUUUGGAGUGGCUGUUGUGAGAUGUAAGUUCUGGUGAUAAGAGGUCUUGGCUUGAGAACUGACUGGUGA